AUGGCAUACUGCUCAGCCCCGACAGCAAGCCGUCUUAGCCUCAAGGGUAUCCCGCUCAGCCUUGAGGACCUCCAGCUCGGACCAGAAAGCGGCAACAACCAGGGUGGUCAGCAGAGGCACAUCAACUGGAGCUUUGUCAAUGACAACGGCAUCACCAUCAAUGCCAUCCGUUUCAACGACGGGCUCCGGGGCGACAAGGCCGGCCGGCCUGUUUUGGGGAAAGGCUACUCCAAAGUCGGAGUAGAAAGCAGGAAGGGGAAGGAAGCGGUUCCCGACCUGUUUCUACCAAACCUCGAACCGAGCAAGCCGUUGGGGGCUCUCUCGUCUGAUGGUACCACGGUCAAGGAGAUGCACCUGUGCUGGCCAGGUCGCCGAAGCAAGGACAGGGUAGGCCUCUCGGUCGGCCGGGGUCGGUGCGUGGAUGGCGGCGUCGACCCGAAAAUGGCAGUAGAUGGGACUUUCGAGGGCUGUGCUCUAAGGGCAUCGGGGGUUUCCAGCACCUCGCUGCUGCCAUAG